GGUGGUUCCCAAAGCCAUUUAUGUGCCGUCCGUGACCUAGCUAAAUGUGCCGACCGUGACCUAGCUAAAUGUGCCGUCCGUGACCUAGCUAAAUGUGCCGUCCGUGACCUAGCUAAAUGUGCCGUCCGUGACCUAGCUAAAUGUGCCGUCCGUGACCUAGCUAAAUGUGCCAUCCGUGACCUAGCUAAAUGUGCUAUCCGUGACCUAGCUAAAUGUGCCGUCCGUGACCUAGUUAAAUGUGCCAUCCGUGACCUAGCUAAAUGUGCCAUCCGUGACCUAGCUAAAUGUGCCAUCCAUGACCUAGCUAAAUUGCCGUCCGUGACCUAGCUAAAUGUGCCGUCCGUGACCUAGCUAAAUGUGACGUCCGUGACCUAGCUAAAUGUGCCAACCGUGACCUAGCUAAAUGUGCUAUCCGUGACCUAGCUAAAUGUGCCGUCCGUGACCUAGUUAAAUGUGCCAUCCGUGACCUAGCUAAAUGUGCCAUCCGUGACCUAGCUAAAUGUGCCAUCCGUGACCUAGCUAAAUGUGCCGUCCGUGACCUAGCUAAUUGUGCCGUCCGUGACAUAGCUAAAUGUGCCGUCCGUGACAUAGCUAAAUGUGCCGUCCGUUACCUAGCUAAAUGUGCCGUCCGUGACCUAGCUAAAUUGCCGUCCGUGACCUAGCUAAAUGUGCCGUCCGUGACCUAGCUAAAUGUGCCAUCCGUGACCUAGCUAAAUGUGCCGUCCGUGACCUAGCUAAAUGUGCCUUCCGUGACCUAGCUAAAUGUGCCGACCGUGACCUAGCUAAAUGUGCCGACCGUGACCUAGCUAAAUGUGACAUCCGUGACAUAGCUAAAUGUGCUGUCCGUGACCUAGCUAAAUGUGCCUUCCGUGACCUAGCUAAAUGUGCCGUCCGUGACCUAGCUAAAUGUGCCAUCCGUGACCUAGCUAAAUGUGCCGUCCGUGACCUAGCUAAAUGUGCCGUCCGUGACAUAGCUAAAUGUGCCGACCGUGACCUAGCUAAAUGUGCCAUCCUUGACCUAGCUAAAUGUGCCAUCCGUGACCUAGCUAAAUGUGCCAUCCGUGACCUAGCUAAAUGUGCAGUCCGUGACCUGAAGCCUUCAGACAUGUCUUUCCAUGCUUCAGAUGAAUGAAAGAAUGUUCCUAGCCCAAAACCCAGCCUUAACCACAACCAAGUAGGAAUUUGCCUCAACCAAACAGAGGGAAACUCUGCCCUAUACCCCAGUACAGAGGGAAACUCUGCAUUAUACCCCACUACAGAAGGAAACCCUGCAUUAUACCCUAGUGCAGAGGGAAACUCUGCAUUAUACCCUAGUGCAGAGGGAAACUCUGCAUUAUACCCUAGUGCAGAGGGAAACUCUGCAUUAUACCCUAGUACAGAGGGAAACUCUGCAUUAUACCCCACUACAGAAGGAAACCCUGCAUUAUACCCCAGUACAGAGGGAAACUCUGCCCUAUACCCCAGUACAGAAGGAAACUCUGCCUUAUGCCCCAGUAUAUAAGGAAACCCUGCCUUAUGCCCCAGUAUAGAAGGAAACCCUGCCUUAUGCCCCAGUAUAGAAGGAAACCCUGCCUUAUACCCCAGUAUAGAAGGAAACCCUGCCUUAUACCCCAGUAUAGAAGGAAACCCUGCCUUAUACCCCAGUACAGAAGGAAACCCUGCCUUAUACCCCAGUAUAGAAGGAAACCCUGCCUUAUGCCCCAGUAUAGAAGGAAACCCUGCCUUAUACCCCAGUAUAGAAGGAAACCCUGCCUUAUACCCCAGUACAGAAGGAAACCCUGCCUUAUACCCCAGUGCAAAAGGACCACAUGGCCUAUAGAUCCUUUAUUACAUCAUUAGAGGGAAUCAAAUGAUGUGACUCAACAAUCUUCAACCUAACACAGAGUCACACCCCAAAGUGUGAGAAAGUCGGUCUGAAAGCCUUGGUGAUGAGUCAGGAGGAAGUAUUUUCCUCCCCCUUUGCCUUGAACCCCCCGUUUCCCCCUCAGGCACACGAUGUGUUGAAUGGCUGCCAAGGGCCACAAGGAGUGAGCGAAUCAUAAACAGAACGCUGUGCUCUUUCUCUAAGAGGGUCCCGAUGGACAUCAUUAAUCGAGCUACAAUGAAGUGUUUACACAGGACCAUAAAUAAGAAGCUCCCUCUGACAGCAGGGGAUGAUUACUUGGCCAUGUCUGUCGGCCCUCCAAUGGCCCAGUGAUACAGAGGACUAUGUCCUCUAAUGGCCCAGUGAUACAGAGGACUAUGUCCUCUAAUGGCCCAGUGAUACAGAGGACUAUGUCCUCUAAUGGCCCAGUGAUACAGAGGACUAGGUCCUCUAAUGGCCCAGUGAUACAGAGGACCAGGUCCUCUAAUGGCCCAGUGAUACAGAGGACUAUGUCCUCUAAUGGCCCAGUGAUACAGAGGAAUAGGUCCUCUAAUGGCCCAGUGAUACAGAGGACUAUGUCCUAUAAUGGCCCAGUGAUACAGAGGACUAGGUCCUCUAAUGGCCCAGUGAUACAGAGGACUAUGUCCCCUAAUGGCCCAGUGAUACAGAGGACUAGGUCCUCUAAUGGCCCAGUGAUACAGAGGACUAUGUCCUCUAAUGGCCCAGUGAUACAGAGGAAUAGGUCCUCUGAUGGCCCAGUGAUACAGAGGACUAUGUCCUCUAAUGGCCCAGUGAUACAGAGGACUAUGUCCUCUAAUGGCCCAGUGAUACAGAGGAAUAGGUCCUCUGAUGGCCCAGUGAUACAGAGGACUAGGUCCUCUAAUGGCCCAGUGAUACAGAGGGAUAUGUCCUCUAAUGGCCCAGUGAUACAGAGGACUAGGUCCUCUAAUGGCCCAGUGAUACAGAGGAAUAUGUCCUCUGAUGGCCCAGUGAUACAGAGGACUAUGUCCUCUAAUGGCCCAGUGAUACAGAGGAAUAGGUCCUCUAAUGGCCUAUUGAUACAGAGGACUAGGUCCUCUAAUGGCCCAGUGAUACAGAGGACUAGGUCCUCUAAUGGCCCAGUGAUACAGAGGACUAGGUCCUCUAAUGGCCCAGUGAUACAGAGGAAUAGGUCCUCUGAUGGCCCAGUGAUACAGAUGGCUCCCCAACAAAUGACCCGCUGUUGUGGGCUGCUCAGCUAAUCACUUUGCUGGCCACUGUGCCCAGGUUAAUGAGGUCACAUUGUUGACAAAAAAGCCCCCCCAAAAAGUUAAUGAAUCGAUACUGCCGAAUAAUAAUUCAUAAUAUAUCAAUGAUUUAUUUCCAUACCUAUACAUAUAUUUCAUAUCAAUAUGAAUAUAAUCCAAGUGUUUCUCAUAAUAGUAGAGACAAGUGUCAUUACAAAUCCGCGGACUGGUUCAUAAUAAUAGACCAUUCCACCCUGUGCAUUGUUUCACGCGAUAUGAUUGCAAACGUGACUUUCAUUGAAAUUGAGCUACAACAAUGAGGUGCUUUCAGAGCGGGGCUUUCAGAGCUGGGCUUUCAGAACGGGGCUUUCAGUGCUAGGCUUUCAGAGCGGGGCUUUCAGCGCGGGGCAGAGACAAGAAAAAUAAAGAAGAUUUCAUUUGAACAGAAACAUGAAAUGAACCCAUUUGAAGUGAACCCAUUUGAAGUGAACACAUUUGAACUGAACACAUUUGAAGUGAACACAUUUCUUUAGUAAAAAGGUGCUGCUGAUAACACUGCCAUCGUCGUCGAGGAAGCUGGAAUUAUUUUGAAUGAACGUGCGAAAGUAACAUGCUUUUUAAGUGAUUUGUUUGACAAUCAGAUGAAAACAUCAUGACUGGUUGUGGUCAUGGUACAUUAAAAAGUAAUACAUUUUUACAGUUAAAUUACAUGUCUUUACUAUAAAACCCAUAGGAGGAGGGAGGGGGGGAAGCUCAGACUGGCCUCUGCCUGGGUCCUCCAAAUCACUAAGUCCCUGUACAGAGGAAUAGUUACAGGCCCUCUAAUGGCCCAGUGAUACAGGGGACUAUGUCCUCUAAUGGCCCAGUGAUACAGAGGACUAGGUCCUCUAAUGGCCCAGUGAUACAGAGGACUAGGUCCUCUAAUGGCCCAGUGAUACAGAGGACUAUGUCCUCUAAUGGCCCAGUGAUACAGAGGAAUAGGUCCUCUGAUGGGCCAGUGAUACAGAGGAAUAGGUCCUCUGAUGGGCCAGUGAUACAGAGGAAUAGGUCCUCUGAUGGCCCAGUGAUACAGAGGAAUAGGUCCUCUAAUGGCCCAGUGAUACAGAGGACUAUGUCCUCUAAUGGCCCAGUGAUACAGAGGAAUAGGUCCUCUGAUGGGCCAGUGAUACAGAGGACUAUGUCCUCUAAUGGCCCAGUGAUACAGAGGAAUAGGUCCUCUGAUGGCCCAGUGAUACAGAGGAAUAGGUCCUCUGAUGGCCCAGUGAUACAGAGGACUAGGUCCUCUGAUGGCCCAGUGAUACAGAGGAAUAGGUCCUCUGAUGGGCCAGUGAUACAGAGGACUAGGUCCUCUGAUGGGCCAGUAAUACAGAGGAAUAGGUCCUCUGAUGGGCCAGUGAUACAGAGGAAUAGGUCCUCUAAUGGCCCAGUGAUACAGAGGAAUAGGUCCUCUAAUGGCCCAGUGAUACAGAGGAAUAGGUCCUCUGAUGGCCCAGUGAUACAGAGGAAUAGGUCCUCUGAUGGCCCAGUGAUACAGAGGAAUAGGUCCUCUGAUGGGCCAGUGAUACAGAGGAAUAGGUCCUCUAAUGGCCCAGUGAUACAGAGGAAUAGGUCCUCUAAUGGCCCAGUGAUACAGAGGAAUAGGUCCUCUGAUAGGCCAGUGAUACAGAGGAAUAGUUACAGGUCCUCUAAUGGCCCAUGUGAUACUCCGCAGACCAGUGUUUCCCAACCCAGUCCUAGGUUCCCCCUUAACCAUUACAUAUUUGAUCUAUUCCAACACUAGCGCACCAGAACAGGAUGAGGAUGGUAUUAUCCAGUGCUGCAUUAGACUGCUAGACUAUGUGUUAUUUACAAGGAAACGAUUCAGCUUACAUAUCAUCAAAUGGAUACCAAUAUGUUUGGCAGAGAUGUACACCAUUACAAUCAAAUACAUGGAGUUUUAUUCAAAUGAUAUGUCUAUUGGAAGAUUCAGCAUUUGGUUGAGAAGCUGCUAUCUUGCUACUCUGUGCCUUUGAGUAUUUCUCCACUUGGUCCUAAACUGACCUCUGUGUUUGUUAUUGCUAAAGGAAUCCCAAAGGUUUACUCAAUCUAUGAAGUCAUUAACAACUGGUCAUUCCACAUGCCAACCAAAGCAAUGCUAUGUAUUAAAGGUCCAGUUCUUCUUUGUUUUUACAGAUCCUCCUCCCCACAGUCUAACCUUUUGCCUUGAAUGUGUGAUUUGGCGACACGUGUGGUUCAAAUAAAGAUAUUUAAUUUUA